ACAAGAAACAACUUUAGUACUAAGAAGAGGAAGAGGUUUAUUAGUUUUUUCUAACUAAAUUAUUAUUAUUUUAAUUUUGGUGACACGUUUGUUUCAUGAUUCGUCAGUGUCGGUAAACACAGCUCGAGCUCGGGGGUAAUUCAAUUCAUUCGCUGCUAUCAGUUUCCUCAGUGAUUAUGUUCGUGUCUGCCGUGCAAAUUUAGUUAACACUUUUCUCAUACACUCGCUUGCCACAAGAACAUUAAUAAAAUUGAAAGCCUGUCUUAGCCCUAGGCCUAGGUCCAAAGAUUUAACAGUAAUAUUACAGAUUAGUGCUGUGGGAAUUGGAAUCUUAGCAAUGGACCCAUCAGAAAUUGAGUUUAUAGCAGAAAGACAAACUGUCAGUAUAAUUCCGAAAUUUACAAGUAAUAAUGUUUUACAUUUAAUAUCUGGUGAUGUAGGACCUUUUCGAGCAGGGCUUCCUGUUGUUGUGCCUUUAUGGGUUGCAGUGCAUUUACGACAAAAACAGAAAUGUAGAAUUAUUGCGCCCGAAUGGAUGAAUGUUAAUACACUUCUAGAGAAGAAGGAAGAGGAAAAACAGUCAAGACUCUUCACCAAGAUGCCCAAUGAACAUUACAUGGAAGUGGCCCAUAUGGUUCUGACAGUUGCCGGCAAUGAUAUUCAGCGGCCAGAUGCCAUAAGAACUGCAGUCAAGGACUUGUGGGAUCUACGAAUAGCCAAGCUUCGCUCCUCAAUGGACGUAUUUAUUAAGAGUCAAGCUCGGACAGCGAAGCUCGAUCACCUAACACAGCUGGAGAUUAACUCUGUCCGACCUUUGCUGCCUGAUACGCUGGAUGUCAUUCAUGACUUACAGACGGAUGACAAUCAAGAAAGGUCAUAUUUUCAGACGUCAACAUUCUCGGCAUCUCAGUAACUGUGAUUUUGUUCAUGGAACUAAAUUUUUCAUCUAGCUGCUUAACAACUUGUACAAAGUAUGGUGUUAAAGUAUGGUUGUAUAUUAGAUAAGAUUUUUAAACCUGUUGUUUUAAUGUAUAAAAAGGUUCUUAUUCAAUCUAUCAGUCAAUGUUUGGCACAUGUGUAAUAAAUUGGUUUUAAGAUGA